AUGUUUCCUCCUAAAAUCUUUCAGCUGUUUCCAAAUUACAAGAACCUCAUCGUUUUCUCUAACUGCGACCCUCGCUUUCAUUACCUUGAGAAUUUCACUUGUUCAAAUGGGGGACUGGUUCAGUGUAUCACAAUGAACAUUACUACCAGUUGUCGAACAAUCUCCAAUGUUAUUGUUCCUGCAGGUUUCAUACCUGAAAAAGAAGCCUGGAAUUUGGAAAAUGUAUUGAGAGGAGGAUUCGAAGUGAAGCUGGAUAUCAAUGAGAGACCAUGUAAACAAUGUUUAAAAACCGGUGGGUUGCAGUUUCGACAAGUUUGCAAAUCAGUUUUGCUGCAAAGAAGACUUUUCUUUUAUCCUAACAGGAUAAAAGAGUUCUCCGGUUCUUUACUUGGAUUCAAAUGCAUAAAAACAAGUUCUGGUGAACUCCCAAAGUCUUCGGCUGGAGCUGAUCCAACUAGCUUUAAUUAUCUCUUGACGGGUUCUAGAGAUAGAAGCAUUAGAACAUCCAAGAAUAGAGAAUUUGAGGAACUUAUACCGCUGAAACGAUAUAGCUACGCUGAGGUGAAGGAAAUAACAAACUUGUUCGCUCAAGAAAUCGGGAGAGGGGGAUAUGGAAUUGUAUAUGAAGGAAACCUUUGUGAAGGGCUCAAGGUUGCAGUAAAGGUCUUAAAAGAAUCCAAGAAAAAUGUUGAAGAUUUCAUUAACGAAGUGGCGAUUCAUAACGAGCCAGCCCCCCUGCGCAUUGACCUUGGAAAGAUGUAUGAUAUUGCACUCGGAGUUGCAAGAGGCCUUCAGUACUUGCACUAUGCUUGCAAGACAAGGAUUGUUCAUUUCGACAUAAAACCACAGAACAUACUGCUGGGUAAAGAUUUCUGUCCCAAGAUUUCUGAUUUUGGACUCGCCAGGGCUGUGGGAGUAAAGAAAGUGUCUUGUGGAUGUCAGAGACAAGAGGGACCAUCGGUUACAUCGCACCCGAAGUGUUUCAAGAAUCUACGGGAGAGUCUCUCUCACAAGUCAGAUGUGUAUAGUUAUGGAAUGUUGGUACUUGAAAUGAUGGGAGCAAAGAAAUAG